UUCGUCUUGAUAAGCCAGGGUUACGGUAAGUCUACAGAAUACUGGCUGGUGGUGAUGGAAGCAAGUCUUGCUGCUCAACAUAGCUACGGUUGAUCGAGGUCUGGAACCUUGUUGUUGUAGGUGGAACAUGACUGCAUGCUACCUUUACGAUCAAUCCGAGAAGUUGCCGAUUACGGUACCAACGUCACACUUGCUACAGCAGUAAGAGCUUUGUUGCUUUCGUGUCAUGUGCUGGCGCAUUACGUCUGAACCGAGGCAACUGUUGUUACUGUGACUUCGACAUAAAGGUAAGCUCAGUCCGAACUCAGAAUGACCUGGAGGUUCUCGGUGACCCCUAGCCGAGCCCAUUGGUUUCUACGUCUUGGACUCUGUUUCGUGUUACAAGUUGUCGUUGCUCAGCCUUUGCAGCUGCAAAUCGGCGGGUUCUUUCCAGUAAGCAAAGAGGUUCCUGAGGGAGAAAUUGGGCAAGGGGUCAUCCCAGCAGUGACUUUGGCCUUAGAGCACAUCAACAGCUCACCACACAUCCUCCCAGACUACCAACUGACCAUUCAGUGGAAUGACACCAAGUGUGAUCCAGCAGUAGGAAUGAAAAGUUUUUUUGACAUGCUCUCCGAGGACCCUCGCAAGGUGGUACUUUUUGGUGACGCCUGUACUUCAGUGACAGAUCCUAUAGCUAAGGCAUCACAGUUCUUCCAACUAGCUCAACUCACUUAUGGGGACACACAUCCGAUGUAUACGGUCGAAAAUUAUCCAAAUUUUUUUCAAAUUGUCCCCAGUGAAACUGCCUUCAACCCAGCCAGAGUAGCAUUACUCCAGCUCUUCAACUGGUCUCGUGUAGGGACGCUCUAUCAAAGCAAACCUCGCUAUGCCUUACCGCACAGUAAAUUAUUGUCGGAUCUUGAAGCUGCUGAGAUUGAAAUAGCUGCUCAGCAAGGAUUUGUUGAUGAACUCAAGUUAGCUAUAUCUAAGCUCAAGGAGAAAGAUGUCCGCAUUAUUCUUGGUAACUUCGAUGAACACUGGGCGAGAAACGUCUUUUGUGAAGCCUACAAAUUAGGGAUGUACGGAAGGAAGUACCAAUGGAUCAUUGUAGGAAUGUAUGAUUAUGAUUGGUGGAUGAAACACUUAGACAAUCUGACCUGUAACCAGUCGCAGCUCAGGGAAGCCAUGGAAGGUUACUUAGCUGUAGAUAUCUUAUCUCUUAGUUCUACGGAGGACAUCACCGUGUCAGGUCUGACUUCAGCGGAAUAUUAUGCUCAGUACAAACAACAUUACAGCGGAAGCAACAAUCGUUUCCAUGGUUAUGCGUAUGAUGGGAUCUGGGUGAUAGCUCUGGCAAUUCAGAUGGUGAAACGGAAGCUUCUUGCUAGCGGAAGUUCGAGAACGCUGGAGAUGUUCGAGUAUAGUGACCCUUUCUGGGGAACCCUUUUUCGAGAGGCCUUCAACAAAACUUCAUUUAUUGGAGUGACGGGGUCAGUUAGCUUCUUCAGAAAUGAACGGCGGGGUCUUGUUCUACUCAAACAAUAUCAAAAUGGGGCUGAGGUGAAAAUCGGUGAAUACGAUUCUGUUUCAAACACGCUGAAGCUUUACAAGGAUACGAAAAUAAUUUGGAAUGGUGCCAAUGGCCCUCCACCGGAUCGGACUUUGAUCGUCAUUCAGCCCUCUAGAAUCAGUCUGACAAUCUACGCCAUCAUUGUGACCUUUGCCCUCUUGGGAAUCAUUAUGGCAUCUAGCUUUCUUGUUAUUAACAUUCGUUUUAGAAAUCAAAGGUAUAUCAAAAUGUCCAGUCCUUACCUGAACAAUAUCAUCAUUGUUGGCUGUAUGUUAACGUACACCAGUGUUAUUCUCCUAGGUCUUGAUAGCAGCUUGACGAGUGAACAUAACUUUCCAUAUAUAUGUGCUGCAAGGGCAUGGGUCCUGAUGAAUGGUUUUUCUCUGGCCUUUGGAUCUAUGUUUAGUAAGACGUGGAGAGUCCAUGCUAUUUUUACAAAUAUCAAGUUAAAUAAAAAGGUCAUCCAAGACUACAAGCUUUUUAUGGUCGUCGGAGUCCUGGUCCUCAUAGAUAUAGCCAUAUUAACUACCUGGCAGGUCAUUGACCCCUUUUAUCGAGAGACCAGCCUCGGAAUGCAGUUGCCAUCAUCUGGAAAUGAGGAUUCAGUCGUUAUACCAGAGUUGGAGUUUUGUAACAGUCAAAACAUGACAGUGUUUCUCGGUUCCAUCUACGCUUACAAAGGGUUACUUAUGGCUUUUGGCUGUUUUUUGGCAUGGGAAACUCGGCACGUAAGUAUUCCCGCUCUAAAUGAUUCCAAGUACAUCGGAAUGAGUGUGUACAAUGCGGUCAUUAUGUGUGUCAUUGGAGCUGCCAUAUCCUUCGUUCUCAGAGAACAACAGGACGCUGCCUUUAUCAUCAUCUCCAUCUUCAUCAUCUUCUGCUCCACCACUACUUUGUGUUUGGUAUUCGUGCCCAAGGUGAGACUGCUUGUUGAACUCAAACGGAACCCGAACGCGGGAGACAGGCGCGUAAGAGCUACUUUAAAGCCCUUCAAGAAGUCUCGAAGAAGCUCAGAGGAUUUUGAAUUACAAAGUCAAAUCAGACUUCUUCAAGACGAAAAUUAUCGAAACAGACAGAAAUUGGAAGAGAAAACCUUUCAACUACAAACUUUAAUCGCACGUCUAAAGGAGAUGGAAGAACCAGUGAUUGUUAUCACUCAUGGAGUGACGUCACCAAUACCAGAAAACUCCUCUGAUGGAAACUGUGAAGAUAUCCAAGUUAUAGUUCCAAGUCUUCGCCAACACAGAGAGGUUACUGUGAUUUCUAGGUCUCCAUCGCCAGAAGAAGGCCUAGAUGAAACCUUCAGUGACCAGCAUUCUCGAAGAAAACUUUCGUCGGUAUCUUUUAAGGUAGAAUUUGCUCUUCCUGCUGAAGAGGAGAGUUCUGAAAGCAGCAGAAAAGGUUCAGAUUCUGAUACAGAGUCGCCAUUUGCCGAGGGUAAAGACAUUCAAGUUUGUGGUUCCUCUCUCAGCCAUCUGUGUCCCUUGUCUUUCAUGGACCAAGUGAUUAGAUAUAUGGAUUCAGAUAGUAGCAGCGAAUCUUCUGAAUCACAUAGGCAUCUGUCAGUCAAAAUCAACGAUGGACCCGUAGAAUCUGACAAUACGCCGUACGCCAAAGCCAUAACAAACUACCCUAAAUAUUUCCAAAUAAAUGAUGUAGCUGUUGAAUCUGACGAUACGUCGUACGCUAAAGCCAUAACGAACUAUCAUAAACAUCUCCAAAUCAAGGACGUACCUUUGGAAUCUGACGAUACGUCAUACGCUAGAGCUAUCACAAACUACCACAAGAGGGCGUUGAUGAAAAGCGAUUCAUCAUCGUUUGAAGAAGACACUGAUAGGUGUGCAAAUGGAAAUAUUUCGGAAGAGAGCGACUCCUAUCGGCAAAUUAGAGUAAGUAUUAGCCGGCGAGCGAAAAGCUUUGGAGCGCUACGUUCGAACGCAGCGCCCUCUAGCUUUACAGAUGGUGAAGUCAGUGCUUCCGUAAUACACGAUAGAGGAGUUAAUUCUCAGAGGUUCUCUCCGUUGUUACCAUAUUUCAGCGAUCUCGUGACUGACCAAACACAGCAGAGAACAGGCGUCAGGGACGUCUGCACACCUUUGUCUUCGUCUUUCCCCUCUAUUAAAUGUGAUAUAGUAGAAUACCUAUGAUUUUACACAGAGAUUCUCUCCGUUGUUACCAUACAUCAGCGACCCCGUGACUGGACUAAAUACAGAAGAAGACAGUCGUCAGGAACACCUGCACGCCUUUGUAUUCGUCUUUCCCCUCUAUUAAAUGUGAUACAGUAGAAAAAUUACGAGUUUAGACAAAAUUAAUUGGAUUGUCACAUUUUCCACUUAAUGGUGGAAGAAACGAAACUACGGCUAAAUAAAAUACCCACACGACCAAGUCAUCUGUUGAAAUAAAUGUUUGACUAAGUCUUAAGACGUUCAUACGACUAAGUGAUGUUAAAGAUAAGUGUUUGACUUUGCUGUAUCUAAACAUGUUUAACAGAUUUACUGUACCUUGUCUUAAGCUUGGUCGUAUGUAUGGUCGUCAUAUAUAACAUCUAGAUGAUUGAUUGAAUACCUUUUCUUUCCAUUUAGAGAAUUUUAACAUAUCGAAUGGAAAAGUACAGCGAUCUUUAUAUUGUAUAUUGGAUCAUAUUUUAAUGAGCUUAUUGUGUGAAAAUAACGUUGCACCAAGAGUAGGACCAAACACUUCGUAAAUAGAAUAAUUAUAAUAACGUGAAUUAAUGAAAAACUAUCAUAAAACUAAUAACACUAUAAUAUUACUUUUGGAAUAAUUAUUGUCUAAAUUGUGUGAUCUAUUUGGUAUGGUUUGAUAUUGUUAAAUUGUAAGUUAUUCCACGUUUUUAUGUGGUUAUGUGAUUUAAAAGUGUACUCUUUGUGGAACCCUGUUUUUGGUACCAUCUAUAUAAAGAUAAAAAAAAAUAAUGUGCUUACUCAUCCAAGUUAUUGUUGAAAAAACCAUUCCGCUGGAACACAAAUAAGUUAAAGCACACGUUUUUAUACCUAAAACAUAAUCCUAUAGUGUAAAAAAUUUACUUAUGUGAAAACCCAAACUAACUGUAGUGUUCAUAAGGCCUAAUCUAGACUUCUCAACAUCAUUACAUUCGCUCUCAUAUCUAAACGAUCACACUUGCUUGUAGAAGAAAACUUUGUAGUUAUUUCUGUGUGAGAUUCCCAACCGUUAUGAAAAUCUGGAAUAUCCUAAACAUGAUACUGGAACUUAAAAAUAACUAUAUCUCACUCACUUUUCCAAAAGCACGUUUGCCUUUGUUACUGGAAAUAACCCAAUUUUCUAUAGAAAAAAAAAGUGAUUGUUGUAAAUACAUGUUAUGUCAUA